AAUGCAGAUGUAGGUGUCCAAGGAGCGCUGAAGUGGAUCCUGGCUGAAGCGCCUAAUGGAGGAGCAGAGGCGAAAGGGAAAAGAGGAAGGGUUCGCCAUGCUUCAGCACGGUCAAAGUUCUACGUGCGGGACCCGCCGGAUGACAACAAGGCUAACUGGCUGAAAGUUGGGCUGACCUUGGGCACCACCGUCUUCCUUUGGUUCUAUCUCAUCAAAGAACAUCAUGAAGAUGUUUUAGAAUAUAAAAGAAGAAAUGGGUUGGAAUAAACUUUGGAAGUACUUAUAUUUGUACUCCUCAUAUGAUUAUAACAGAUGCUCUGGAUUCUCCAAGCUGUUCAGUUGUGCAUGUAAGAGAAGUUAAAUGUAAAUGUAUUUCAAACCAGCCGGGUGCGGUGGCGCACGUGGCGCACGCCUAUAAUCCCAGCACUCUGGGAGGCUGAGGCAAGAGGAUCCCUGUGAGUUUGAGACCAGCUUGG